AUGCCUGAGUCUGGCAGCUGGAGUCGGGCAGUAGCUGUGGUGUCUGUGGUCUCCCGCCGUAACCUAGUGGGACGCAGCGAGACUCAGCGAGACUCAGCGAGACCCAGUUCUGAUCCACCACCUUCCUGGCACCAGCAGCACGGCGCGCACAUGGUGUCCGCGUGGGAAGAGCGACACAUGGAGCGACAUGUGAAAACUCAUGAUGGAGUCAGCUCGAUGUGGGCUGUCGACAAACGCUGCAAUAACGUGUUUUUUUGA